AGUUAAUGCAUGCGGGGUGAGGGUCGCGGUGCGCAGAAUUUAUGCAACCUGGGGUGCUGGCCCAUGUGCUCACCCUGGAUGCUUAAUCUACUGAGUAACGUUCUGGCGGAGGGGGAGCGGGGCAGAGCUUUGCAAGACAGGAUGGGUGAGUUUAUUAAGGGGGUUGACUUACUGGGAUUACUAGAGAAGGAAAAGGUUUGACCAGAGAGGCUAGAAAUGGAGCAAGGAGAUUGUAGGUAGAACAUUCGCUUGACCCUCUCCCCAACACAUGCCCACACACCAGGUUAGCAGUUUACCUCUUUGUAAAUCUGAAGCGGUGGUAGUAGUAAUGGUGGAAGGAGUGAAUAAGGGCCUAACCUGGCUAGCUUUCUGUUUGCCUCUCUUGCAAAUGGUCCAGCAACAGGUGUUUUCUUAAAAAAAGCAUGAACUUGGAUUGAGGCUUGACUGCGAGUUCUUGCAAAAUAUAACUGCUCCUUGUUGACUUGGAAGAUGCUGGAUGUGGGGCCCCUCAAUGGGGGUUUGGAUUUUGUCCUUAGAGCUGGAUUUUGCAACGAAUAGUGCCCUUCGUUGUGUCUGCGAGAGGUCUCUGGCCACUUCAAUGGCAUUUACUCUUGUCAGACAUUUAAUCAGUCUCCCAGCGGAAGGGCAGCAAAACAUGAAUCCUAUUGGCUAAAAGACUGUACGCUAUUCAAACUAUACUAGGUUGUGAGUGGCUAAAUGAGUUUUGAUUGUAGAGUUUCUUCCAGAAAUGGCUUCAUGAAAUUCUGCUUUAUUCUGACUUUAUCAUAUACAGCAUGCCUUGUUUUAGUGGGUUCUUGCUUGGAGCUUAAGUUUAUUAUACCUGAAUCUCCUACCAUUUAAAAGCCAAUUUAUAAACAGGGACUUGGAGUGUGACUCCACUAAUGUGUGUCUGUGAUCCUGGUUAGAAACCCACUUGGCUGCCUUUUCCUCAGGAGGUGGGGGUUGGGGGAAGGGAGCUGCCGGGAAGUGAUUGAUAAGGUUUCCUUUAUGGAUUCUGUGGUGCUUCACUGGAGCUCAGAGCACUUUGGCAACUUAAGCACUCCAAAUUAAAAGCUCAUUAACAAUUCCUGCCCAAAGAUCCUGUAAAUAAUCAGCUAGCUAGGUCAUAGAGCUUGGCUAAGAGCUCUUCUUCCAACUUGAAAUUUCCAAAUAAAAGUGCUUUUAUUCCCUUUCAUUUUAAAAAGCGUUUUCUUUGUGGUGGUGUAAAUUGGUGAGUGGCCUUUUCCCAGGGGAUCUGAGUAGAAGAAAGUCUUAAAUGUGUGGAAUGGUAGACAGGAAUAUAUUAGUUCCAACCCUAGGUGUUUCUUUAUGCAAAAGACAUCACUAACAGGGGCAUCUCUGCAACUUCUGGUCCUUUGGAGGAUAUGAAUUAGUUGAAAAGGAUGAUAGGUAUCUAUUGAUGUUUUGACUUGGGAUUUAGUUACCUUGACUUUCUUAGAGCUUGAAGCAGGCUUGGAAGUAUCCUGAAAGUGUUUCCUAGUCUAUAUGGCCAUUUGCAGUAUGGCUUGUGGAUUUGUGGCAACCAACCCCUCCCCCAGUCCUGGCCCAGCCUUAGUUCCUUAGUUCUGAAUAUUGCCAGCCUUACCAGUGUUUUCUUCCUUGACUAGACUAGGAUUCUGAAACUACCCAAAGAGGCACCACUUCAUGGCUGUCUUUCUCGCAUUGGGGCUUUCCAGCUCUCACAGAACCUUCAGCAUCCCCAGCUGCCGGUCUUGGCAUCUUCGAAGUAAGGAGAGUUUUAGAUGCUUCUGGAUGUUCAAUGCUAGCACCUUUACAGACUGGAGCAGCUCGAUUUUCUUCGUAUUUACUUUCAAGAGCAAGAAAAGUGCUGGGCUCCCACUUAUUUUCUCCCUGUGGUGUUCCGGAGUUCUGCUCCAUAUCCACCAGAAAGCUGGCGGCCCACGGCUUUGGCGCAUCCAUGGCGGCAAUGGUGUCCUUCCCUCCCCAGAGGUAUCACUACUUUUUAGUGCUGGACUUUGAGGCCACGUGCGACAAGCCACAGAUUCAUCCUCAGGAAAUCAUCGAGUUCCCCAUCCUAAAGCUAAAUGGCCGGACCAUGGAGAUUGAGUCUACCUUUCACAUGUAUGUCCAGCCUGUAGUCCAUCCACAGCUUACCCCAUUCUGUACAGAGCUCACUGGGAUUAUUCAAGCCAUGGUGGAUGGUCAGCCAAGCCUGCAGCAAGUGCUGGAGAGGGUCGAUGAGUGGAUGGCGAAGGAAGGCCUCUUAGAUCCAAACGUCAAGUCAAUUUUUGUCACCUGUGGAGACUGGGACUUAAAAGUCAUGCUCCCAGGCCAGUGCCAGUACUUGGGCUUGCCAGUGGCGGAUUACUUCAAGCAGUGGAUUAAUCUGAAAAAGGCUUACAGCUUCGCCAUGGGCUGCUGGCCCAAGAAUGGACUUCUAGACAUGAACAAGGGCCUCAGCCUGCAACACAUAGGCCGGCCCCACAGCGGCAUUGGUCAGUCCCUUCGCAUAUUCCCCCGGCAGCUCCAUCCAUCGUCCCUUGCCCGCAUGCCCCAGUCCCCAGGCACACAGAGUUUCCAUGGCUCAUUCAGUGCCCCAACAGGGCUCUCUACAUAGGUGGGGGGAUGGCGGAAGGGGGGUGGAAUGAGAAAAUUACUGAAUGGGACCACUGGAAGGCACCACUCAAAGUGGUAUUUUGGAGGAGGCUGGGGUCUGGGCUUUCGGUGAGUCACAGGUGGCCUUGGACUCAGGCCAAGGUCCCCCCUCACUGGCUGCAUCUCUAGUGGGCAAUGUCCUCAGCGGGUGGGGACAUGUCAGCUUACCCACCCCCCAUGGAGUUGGAGGAGGCUGUUUAAUAUUGUUUCAAGUCUGUGGCCACUAAACUGGACGAUCAAUGGGAGUUAA